AUUCAGUGUAGCCAGCAGGUAGCUGCAUCAGCUAGCUAGCUAGAUAGACACUUAGACAGGCAUAAAACCAUCUCGGGCACUCGUUCCCUGCACAAGUGUAGGAGAGAGCUGAGGCCUGCUGGCCAUGGACACCACCAGCAAGAAAGCCUACGGGGUUGCCGUCGUCAUACAGCUCAUCUACACCGGCAUGUACGUCGUCUCCAAGGCGGCAUUCGACCAUGGCAUGAGCACCUACGUGUUCAUCUUCUACCGCCAGGCGGCCGCCACUGCGCUGUUGCUCCCCAUAGCCAUUGUGCUUGAAAGGAAGAAUGCACCACCCAUGUCAUUCAGGCUGUUUUUGAAGCUGUUCUUCUAUGCAUUGCUUGGCAACACAUUGAGCAUGAAUCUGUACAACAUAAGCCUCAAGUACACCUCUGCAACAGUGGCAUCGGCAACGAGCAACUCUGUCCCUGUGGUCACCUUCUUCCUGGCAGUCCUGUUAAGGCUGGAAGUGGUUCGGCUGAGAAGCCCGUCAGGCAUGGCGAAGGCGGCGGGCGUGGCGCUGUGCCUGGCCGGGGUCCUGACCAUCGCGCUGUACACUGGGCCGUCGAUGAGCCCGGUGAACCACCACCGCGCCUUCGCGGCGCACCAGCAGCACCCCCAUCCCCAUGCCGAUGGCGGCGGCGGCGGCAAGGGGACGUGGAUCAAGGGCACGUUCCUGAUGCUGCUGUCCAACACGACGUGGUCCCUCUGGAUCGUGCUGCAGGCGUCGCUGCUCAAGGAGUACCCCAACAAGCUGCUGUCCACGCUGGUGCAGUGCGCGCUCAGCACCGCCCAGUCCUUCCUCCUCGCCGUCGCCGUCGAGCGGGACCCCGCCGCCUGGAAGCUGCAGCUCGACGUCGGCCUCCUCGCCGUCGCCUACUCCGGUCUGGUGGUGACGGGCGUGUCGUUCUACCUGCAGGCGUGGUGCAUCGAGAAGCGCGGGCCCGUGUUCCUGGCCAUGUCCAACCCGCUGGGCCUGCUGCUCACCAUCUUCUGCUCCUCCUUCUUCCUCGGCGAGAUCGUGCGCCUGGGCAGCCUCCUCGGCAGCGGCCUCCUCGUCGGAGGGCUCUACAGCGUCCUCUGGGGCAAGAGCAAGGACCACCUCCACCAGGAGCAUCAAGACGACGAAGAGAAGCAGCAGCAGCAGCCGAGCGCAGCAGGCGGAGACAACCAGAAGCAGCUCAAGGAGCAGUUCGCAAUGGAGCCAUCAUCGCCACUGCGCCAUCAGUCCGGAUGAUGAGGAAUGGUCUACGCGUGUAUGUGUGUGAGUAGGUUCUACGUACGUGCCUAUGUCUUAAUGUCUAUGUGGUGGGUCUGGGCGUAUCCAACUCCGAUGCACAUGGAUGGUCUCUUGUUCGCCCGAUGACGAUCGUCCUCUCCUCUCUUCUGGACAUGCAUAUUGCUUUUCUAAUUGGGCCAAAA